AAGUGAGAUCUGGGGCGGGUUCUGGGGGCGCUGUGCCGGAAGGCGCCGAGCACCCGGGGGCGCGAUGUCUGCCAGUGCCGUAUACGUGCUGGACCUGAAGGGCAAGGUCCUCAUCUGCCGGAAUUACCGUGGAGAUGUGGAUAUGUCUGAGGUGGAGCAUUUCAUGCCAAUUCUUAUGGAAAAGGAAGAAGAGGGAAUGCUUUCUCCCAUUCUAGCUCAUGGAGGAGUUCGUUUUAUGUGGAUUAAACACAAUAAUUUAUAUCUUGUUGCUACUUCUAAGAAGAAUGCUUGUGUGUCUCUGGUGUUUUCGUUUCUUUACAAGGUGGUUCAGGUAUUUUCAGAAUAUUUCAAGGAGUUGGAAGAAGAGAGCAUUCGAGAUAACUUUGUUAUAAUUUAUGAAUUGCUUGAUGAGCUCAUGGAUUUUGGCUAUCCUCAAACCACUGACAGUAAAAUUUUACAAGAGUAUAUCACUCAAGAAGGCCACAAACUGGAAACUGGAGCGCCACGCCCACCUGCCACUGUUACCAAUGCUGUUUCCUGGAGGUCGGAAGGGAUAAAGUAUAGGAAAAAUGAAGUGUUUCUGGACGUUAUAGAAUCUGUUAACCUCUUGGUUAGUGCCAAUGGAAAUGUAUUGCGCAGUGAGAUAGUUGGAUCCAUUAAAAUGAGGGUCUUUCUCUCAGGAAUGCCAGAGCUUCGCCUCGGUUUAAAUGAUAAAGUACUCUUUGAUAAUACAGGACGUGGCAAAAGCAAAUCGGUGGAACUAGAAGAUGUAAAGUUUCACCAGUGUGUUCGUCUCUCUCGCUUUGAAAACGACAGGACAAUUUCUUUCAUUCCACCUGAUGGAGAGUUUGAACUCAUGUCAUAUCGUCUUAACACCCAUGUAAAACCACUCAUCUGGAUUGAGUCUGUGAUUGAGAAACAUUCCCACAGCCGCAUAGAGUAUAUGAUCAAGGCAAAGAGUCAGUUCAAGCGGAGAUCAACUGCCAACAAUGUGGAGAUUCACAUCCCAGUUCCAAAUGAUGCAGACUCACCAAAAUUUAAAACCACAGUGGGCAGUGUCAAAUGGGUUCCAGAGAACAGUGAAAUCGUCUGGUCCAUUAAAUCAUUUCCGGGGGGAAAGGAGUAUCUGAUGCGGGCUCACUUUGGGCUUCCAAGUGUUGAAGCUGAAGAUAAAGAAGGCAAACCUCCCAUCAGUGUCAAGUUUGAAAUUCCAUAUUUCACCACUUCGGGAAUACAGGUCCGCUACUUAAAGAUAAUUGAGAAGAGUGGCUAUCAGGCUUUGCCAUGGGUUCGCUAUAUCACCCAAAAUGGAGAUUAUCAGCUCCGAACACAAUAGUACUUUUUCGAACCAGAACAGAUGACAAAUCUUCAGGUCUAGAAUUUGUUUGUAGAAAACUUUGUGGUAGUGAAGGCUGUGAACAUUGUCUCCAGGGUAUUAUAUCAGCAAACUUGAACUGAGGAGGAGAGAGAGUGGUUUGUUUUUUUAAUUGUGUUCAACACUAAGUGUUUGAACUAUUAGUGCAGGUUGUAUGGAUGUCUAAUUCUUAAAGCAUGUUACUACUUCUGCUAAAUGCUGAUCAUAUUAGGAGUAGCAGUUAUUUUGAGAAGCCAGGAUUGCCUUGCUAGUCAUACUUCAACGUUCCAUAUUUUAAAAGUGUGUAAAUACCAUCUUUAAAACCAGUGGAAGCAUUAUUUAAAAAACUAGAGAGGUCAUGGUGCAACUGAAGUGGCUGCUAAGCAUUCUUAGUUGUAAAUAACCCUGGGCCUUUAUUUCACACUGAAAACACCUGACAGUUUUGAGGCUUAUUUCUUAGCUUGCAAAGGAAUGAUUAAAGGUAGUGAUGAGUCAAGAAAGGUUAGGUUCUAAGUUCAAAAUAAAAGUUGGUUUUAUUGACAAAGUUCAGCCCAUUUAAUAUCUGUCAAACCUUGAGAUAUUGGGGGUGGUGUUUGUAAGCAUAAAUUUGAUAAAAAAAUACAGGUGCAUAAACUACCAUAGUAACUUGAAGGGGAAGACACAUCAAGAAUAAAUGCCCAUAGUCUCUGUGGAGUAUCGUGGUCAAUGCUUGUUCAAAUUAUGGAGCUAAGAUGCAAAGCUGAGAAGUCCAAACAAAUUAAGAAAACUCAAUAUCAACUAUCAUAUAAAACUUGCUUGGCUUUGAUAUUUCUAAUUGCAAAAAAUCUAAAAAUUAAAGGUCUCAACUUGUAAAUAUUAAACUUCAGAUUAACCAUAUUGGCUUUUAAAUGUUUAAAACAAAAUUCAGCAGAUGGAACAUGUUUGUAAGUAGUAAUAACUAAUAGUACUUCAGGCACUUCCUGAUAACUGAUUGCUGUCAUUAGAGGGGCUGGUAGAUAAAAGAAUAAGAAAUUACAUAUCUGUCAUCCAGGUUAGAUUUAGGUAAAUUCUUUUUUCUUCAAUUUUCAAGAAUUUUACAUUUUCUUCAGCUUCGCCUGAAAGGCUACUUUCUUUGACAGUCUCUUCCACUUGUAAAUCACAGUUCAAAAUGUUACACUUUCAAGCUUUAGAACUUGUUUUUUUACUUUUUUUUUUUGAGGAUGCUGCAAACUGCAUAAUUGCACCAAUUUCAGAAAAUGUUAAACAGUGGUUAUAUCAGUGUUUUCUUUAAAAAGGACUUAACUUUUAUUUUUAAUGUGAAUUUAUUGCUCCUGCCAGGUUUUAGCUUAACAUUGAAGACUGAAUAUCGCUGUCCACAACUGAUGCAGCACAGCUAAUUGGGGUAUAAGGUUUACCACCCCUACUCUGCCAUGCUAAAGUGCCUGAGCUAUGCCCCAGAGGGGAGAAGUCACUGUGCCUGUUUGUUCCUUGUAGAUUUUUGUGGACCAUAUGUAUGCAAUAUUAUUUAGAAAUACUCACAAAAUUCCACUGAACAAUUUAGCUUUGAUAUUAGAGGAGGAUUUGUUUCAGAAAGGACUAAUUCUGCUGAAGAUUGUAAUAGCAUUGUUGUUAAAGCAGCUGGAAAAUCACAUCAUCAUAGCUGGAUAAUUAGAAUAUUAAGUAUGGAUGCAUGUAGUUUUCUGGAGUAAGGUUAUAGGAUUUUAUUAUCCACCAAAAUGUUAAAACAAAUUAAAUCCUCUUACCCCAGAUUUUGGUUUUACUACUGUCAUUUUUGGUUGAAAUUUUAAUCUUGAGACCAAACUGACCAUUUUAUAAGUUUAAUAUAAAGUACUUGCUAACCUGUUACAUAGCCCCUCAGAUGUUGUCUUCAGCCUACAUUGUUUAUGUAGUACUUUUAAUCAUUUGCUUGUUAAAUGUGGCAGGUGUUAUAGUUUUGGUUUUCCUUGUUGAAGCAUGUACCUUACAAACCAGAACAGUAUUUUACUGGCUCUUUGCAGCUGCUGAAGUUCGAUUAUAUUGGAGUGGCCAUAGGCAGCAAAGAACAAGAAAUCAUUCUUGCAGCACUAAACUCACUGUCAUUCUUCAGUCGCUGUAAGGUAAAAGGGUCUGAAACUGCCUGUGGAUUAAAGUACCUCUAGUUAAGAGGAUUGAUUCUGAACUCCUGGACCAUGUUUUAUAAAUGCUGAAAGUAUUAAUUUAAUAUGCCCAAUUUAAUUACUAUCACACUAUAAGAACUGUCAACAUUAAAUAUUUGCAGUACGCAGGUCAAUUAACUACAUGUGCGUAUUUGUCAAACUACACAAAUUACAGUAAAAAGACCUUCACAGUUUGUCGUUCACAUUAUCAGGUACUUCAAAAAAGGCCAAUUUAAUCCAACAGUGGCCCAAAUGUUCUGUAUCUACCUACUAUAUGGAUGUAAGGCAGAAAUAAGAGCUGUGACAUUAGUUAGUGCUGGUCUUUGUUUAGAGACUAUUUCUAUAUUCCUCUUCCUUGAGCUAAAUAUUAAAAUUUGUUCCUUUACAAUUUGCAGUGGCGGUCUUCAUUGUGCAUUGGUAAUUUGUCAUCUCCUGGCUGGCUUCUAUAAGUUUAGUUUGGCAAUCUGCAACUGUGAAUUGAGUAGUGUUGCUCUCCUUGUAGACAAUUAUUUUAAACAAGAUGUUCACCACUUACAUUUUCCUGCUCAUUUUAUAAUAAAGAGAUAUGUAUGUA